AUGCCUGAGAGAGACUCUGUGUCGUGGAAUGUGAUUAUUUCGGCAUAUGCUCAAGCUGGAGAUUUUCUUGAAGCAAAGAAGCUGUUUGAUAGAAUGGAACGAGAUCAUGAUUCUCACAAAAGACUGAGCAAUCCAGUCCCAUGGAACUCUAUGAUCGUUGCGCAUGCUCAGUGCGGAGAUCUUGAUGGAGCACGAAAGUUCUUUGCGAGGAUGGCGCAGAGAGAUUGCGUGUCGUGGGCAACACUUAUCAACUCUUUUGCGCAGCAUGGCUGCACUAAUCUAGCAAGAGACACAUAUGAGAGAAUGCCACAGCACGAUGUUAUAGCGUGGACUGGAAUGCUCCGAGCAAACUCCCAGUGCGGUGAAAUCGAUCAAAGAGACAGCGUUCCUUGGAAUGUUAUGAUCACUGCAUAUGCCCAACGAGGGCAUGUAAACGAAGCAAAGUACUUUUUUGACAGUGUAGAAGUUCCAAACGUUAUCACGUGGAAUUGCAUGAUCGGAGCGUAUGGGCAAAAUGGACACUUAGACGAUGCUUGGGCAUUGUUUAAACGCUGUUUACAGCCAAACAUAGUGACCUGGAACGUUCUUAUCGUGUCGUUUGCCCAGAAUCUACAUUGUGCUGAGUCCAUUCAUCUCUUUGACGUCUUGAAUCUGGAAGGAUUCAAGCCAGACGAGCUGAGUUUCAUGGGCCUUUUGAUUGCUUGCUGCCACCUUGGGCUGGUAAUUGCUGCUAGAGAUACCUUGGCUUCAAUGGUUUUUGACUACGAUAUAAGCCCUGAGCGAGAUCACUACUGCUGCUUGAUCGGUGUUCUUGCGGGAGCUGGGCUCUUGGAUGAUGCUGAGGAUCUCAUCAACACAAUGCCAUUUCUUCCAGAUGUUUCCAACUGGGGAUGCUUCGUGAGUGCCUGUAAGAUCCACUCUGUUGGAGUGGAUAGGAGUGUUGGUGCUGCUUGCAAUGCCAUCGCGAUGGAUCCUAAAAACUCAGCGCCAUACAACAAUUUUUACUGA